UCACUGCCUGCAGGACGCGUGCGCUGGGAGCUCGUCCUCGGGUCCGUCCGCGGGCUGCGCGCGCAGCGGAGUCCGAGUCGGGCUGUCCUGGGAGCUGAGGCUUAGGCCCCGGCGGCCGGUGUGUCCAGGCUUCAGCAGCAGCGGGGACAGUGGGAGCCCCGGGACCGCCAGCCGAGGGCUGAGGGAGGCUGAGGCAGAGUCAGAGCCCCGGCGGCCCGCCCUCCUCGCGCAGCCUCCGGCCCCGCUCCUCUAACCCCGCCGCCGGGGAGGGGUUUCCCAGGAUGAGCCGGCCCCUUUCAUCCAGGAAGUGAAAGCGACGCCGGGGUCAAUGAAAACAAACGAGGAGCCUGGAGGGAAAAGAAGGCAGUCCCUGAGGAGGAAGCGCCGAGGCGCGGGAGGGAGCAGUGGGACAGCGGAAGCGCGAGCGGGAGGGGGGCCGCGGCCGCAGUUUUACCGCCGCCGCCGCCGCCGCCGCCAGGGCUCUCCCAGGGAUGUCUGAGCCCGCGCCUUGCGGCCCCCGAGCUCCACGCGGCGACUGUCGUCCCGGCCUCUGAGGGCCGCCACGUCCCGGCGGCGCGCGCGGGCUGAGGGAGGCUCGGUGCCGGCUGGGGGCGGGCCGGGAGGGGCUGUCCAGGCUCCGCGCUUCCCUCAUCACCGCGGCCGGCGCCGGGCCGGGAGGAUGCGCGGCGCCGGGCUCUGAAGCAUGGAGGGGGUUCUGUACAAGUGGACCAACUAUCUCACAGGUUGGCAGCCUCGUUGGUUUGUUUUAGAUAAUGGAAUCCUGUCCUACUAUGAUUCACAAGAUGAUGUUUGCAAAGGGAGCAAAGGAAGUAUAAAGAUGGCAGUUUGUGAAAUUAAAGUCCAUUCAGCAGACAACACAAGAAUGGAAUUAAUCAUUCCAGGAGAGCAGCAUUUCUAUAUGAAGGCAGUAAAUGCAGCUGAAAGACAGAGGUGGCUGGUUGCUCUGGGAAGCUCCAAAGCCUGUUUGACUGAUACUAGGACUAAAAAGGAAAAAGAAAUAAGUGAAACCAGUGAAUCUCUGAAAACCAAAAUGUCUGAGCUUCGCCUCUACUGUGACCUCCUAAUGCAGCAAGUUCAUACAAUCCAAGAAUUUGUUCACCAUGAUGAGAAUUGUUCAUCUCCCAGCAUAGAGAACAUGAAUGAAGCCUCUUCUCUACUUAGUGCCACAUGUAAUACAUUCAUCACAACGCUUGAGGAAUGUGUGAAGAUAGCGAACGCCAAGUUUAAACCUGAGAUGUUUCAGCUGUCUCAUCCGGAUCCCUUAGUUUCUCCUGUGUCACCUUCUCCUGUUCAAAUGAUGAAGCGUUCUGUCAGCCACCCUGGUUCUUGCAGUUCAGAGAGGAGUAGCCACUCUAUAAAAGAACCAGUGUCUACACUUCACCGACUCUCCCAGAGACGCCGAAGAACCUACUCAGAUACAGACUCUUGUAAUGAUGUUCCUCUUGAAGACCCAGAUAGACCUGUUCACUGUUCAAGAAAUACACUUAAUGGAGAUUUGGCAUCAUCAACCAUUCCUGAAGAAAACAGACUUAUGGCCAAAAAAAAAUCUGAAUCAGAAGAUCCUCUUCCAUCCUUCUCUUCCUGAGGAAACAGAAGUGUCCAACUUCCUUUAAGUAUUGCUAUGCAAAAGCUGCUGUAAUUAAACUAUGUUUUAGGGAGUAGUUUUUCCCUUAGGAUUUCUCAGCACUUUAUAGAAUAUUGUAAAACAAACAAACAAAAACAACCCACAUACCUUUGAAGUGUAUUUUAUCUUUAUAUAGUUUAUUUGCAAGAGUAUUUUCCUAAUAACUUCACAGUAUGAAUGUGCAUUUUUUUUUUUUAAAAACAAAUGAUGGUGUAACAUUUUGACAUCCAUAAGGACAAAUGUAGAUAUUUUUCUAAAAAACUGUGAGGGACUGACAGCUUAGUCAGUGUGUAUUGUAGCUUAUAAACAUGAAAUCUUAUAAACUUAAGGUUUCAGUUUGACAGAAGUGUGAUAUAUAUAACGUGUGCCAUGGACCAAAUGGUCACUUUACCCCAGCUGAAAAUGAGUUUCGGUCGCAGCUUGAUGGUGAUUGUAUUAUAUUCCUUUAAGCAAAAAGAAAACAGUUAAUAUUCAAAGUAUUUUUAACCCAAAUAUCAUGACAUUGAGGAUUUUUUAAAAACCAGACUGCGUUGUCCUUCAUAUAUGAAGUUGACACUACUGAUUUAUCAAUACCAAAUGUUGGGUUAAAAUAUUUAGUUUUUAUUUAUUUAUUUUUCUAUUGCAUCAAAAAUAUGAUUGCAUCCUAACUUUUAUGACCUGCCAAAUUUAAGAUAUGUAUACAUUGUUAUUUGCAUUGUUCUAGAAAAGAGGUUAAUGUUGUAGUGACCUUGCUCACUUCCACCAGAGAAAUAAAUGACUUGCAAUGGAAGAGGAUUUUAGUGCUUUUUUCCUAAAAAUAGACAUUAAGCUGCUGUUGUAAGGUAUUACUGUUUGCAGCUCUUUAGAAUAUCUAGACAUUUUUUAUUUAUGAAUAUUUAUACAAAAAAAGGAAUCUGUCAAGGUGACUGCUCUACAUAACUUGAGAAUGGCAUUAUUUAAUUGAAGAACAAAUAGCAUUUUUUUGGUAGUGCCUGUCCAUACCUAUUGUCAGUGUUUGCUUUGUAAACUUUUUCAAUUCACUUUGGAGUGACAGUUUUGUCCAAGGUUUUGGAUGAGGAGCACUUUAAAACAAACUGGUUUGGUGUUUUUAAGUUAAUCAUAUGUUUAAUAAAUAUGUGGUUUUUGCAUUCAAACUCUUCAUAUAAUACAUUGUAUUUUUUACAUUUAUUGAUUGUCUAAUCUUUUUCGAGUGUAAAUAUUCUUUGUUGCUUUGAUUUUGUAUGUAUAUUCAGACCUCAUAGUAAAUACACAAAUGAGACAUAAUUUUAGCUUUUUUGCCUGUGAGCUAGGAAUAGUGUGACCUAUUUCAUUUUAAGUUUCUGUUAUAAGUUUAUGUGGGAAUUUUUAAAAGAGUUAAUAUUUGGUAUUUCCUUAUUAAAGUAAACCUGUAAUUAAA